CAUGCUGCCACACUCCUCCUCUUCACGUAUAUCCUUCAUACCCUCGAUAGUCUUACCCGCAUCGUUUGACGAUGGACCAGCUCGACUCUCACCAAGGCCAGCCGCGGCAAUUGGACGAUGGUUUGGCCGCCCUCUUUCAAGGCAGCCACCCUUCUUCUUCCUCCUCCUCGGUCUCCUCUUCCCACGGCUUACUCCUAUCUCUUUCCCAGACCCUCCACGGCCUGCAGGCACAUCCAUCCGUGAGCGUCCCUCAGCUGCAAGAAGAGAUCCUGCCCUUGCUAGCUCUUCCCGCACCAGACGGGGUCUCUGCGCUGCUGCUGAUAUGGAAGGGCGCCUUCGAAGGCAAAGCUUCUGAGCCCACUGGCUAUACUUCCAACGAGGAGGUACGGAUCAAUGUACAGGUCGCACUUGCAUCUGCAAGACUCCUUAGAAAUGUCGUAGGCUUGGUAGCAGCUUGGCCUUUGUAUCUGAUCCUGAGCUCCAACCUCUGCUACGGUCACUCGUGCAGCUUCUGUCCAACCUGGUCACCCUCAACAAGCCUCUCCAGAAAUCUCUGUUCUACAAGCUGCGCCUCAUUCCAUCAGCCUCUUCAUCAUCAUCCUCGUCUGUGGAACGGAUCACCGUCCUGCAAAAUCUCCUUUCCUCUCCCGAUACAGGCACGGUAGAGGCGGUACAGAUCCUACUUCUCAAUUGCAUCAAGACAUCAGCUACAAAUUCCUCUGGACUCGCUGUCAGCCCCGGUGGUCGGAAACUGCUGGGACAAUUACUGGGUCUUUUCGAGGCGGCUGUUGCUGAAGA